AUGACCAAGGUCCUUAUCUUAUCACUCUUCAUUGUCUCAAUUAUUUCACAACCAACAAACACGACCAACUCAACAAAUCAAACGAAUUCAACUUUAACUACAUGUCCUAAAGAUUAUAUUCUAUUUGAAGGAAAGUGUUAUCAAACGCCUAAAGAACUUACUAUCCCUUUAAAAGUUAUUCGAAUUGUAGAUAUUGUAGCAGUGAGUAUUACUGUGUUCAUUACACUCUUUUUACUCUUCGACUACUUUUUAAGACCUUCCCCAAACAUCCCAACGAUUUUCCCUUUAGAAGUGACACUCCCAGAAUACUUCGAUGACCAAAUGAAAGUCACUCUAACAAACACUUCAAUGUCACAACAAGAAGUGGUGGUGACAAUUUUGCCCUCGGGGUCCAUCGAACCAAAUUCGUUCGCUCUUGUCCCCAACGAGAAGACCGAUGUGACAAUCAAAACACUUGAGCAGACCCCUGGUUUACUCAUUGAAACAGUCAAAAGUGGGACUUCCAUUCACCACAGUCGAAAUUACUGUCUUCCGCUUUCUUCCUCAAAAAGAAAUGUCGUUGAAGAGAUUCCUCUUACUGCCAUUUCCGGGACGGACAAAGAGAUCAUCCAAACAGUCGCGUUAUGUGCACAAAAGUUAUAUGACUUUACUCAACACAACGAGCCACACUUUUUUGGAAACGUCAGUCCAAAGGCCUUUGACAUCUCUCGUGGGUGUGCGUUAAACAAUGGGUAUGUCCGGGAAGAGGGCGACGACUGUUACUUAUCUCCCGAACAAAUAUUUGGUCAGGACUUAGACGAGAGGAGUGAUGUGUAUAGUUUUGGUGUAGUUUUGAAUGAAGUUGUGAACAAAGAGAAGCCGUACGGUAAUAUGAACAAGUUCGAGAUUUAUGAAAUGAUCAAAAACGCGCAGUUCCCACGUGUUCGUGAGAACCUUCGAGAGGACCUUAAAAUCAUUCUGAGAAACUGUUGGAAGACUCAUGAUGAAAGAUGGGAUAUGGAACAACUGAUGUUAUCAUUGCAAGCAGUUGAUAGUGAUAUGAAUGAGUUGGACCCAUUUUUCAAAGAUACCAACUCCAGUGUUAUUUCUUUGUUGAAUGAGGAAUUGGUUUGA